AUGUCGAAGGGUGCAGGAUCAUCAGGAGCGCAGCAAAACAAUGGCAUAUUCCACUAUCCGCAGCUAACACACACGAACUACAUCCGUUGGGUGAUUCGUGUACAGGCUAUGAUGGAGGACCAAGGAGUGGCAAAUAAGAAGACGGCGAAGGAAGUGUGGGAUUGUCUCAAGACGUGGUUCGUCGGCGCAGACCGAGUGAAGAAUGCACGAUUGCAGACAUUGAAGAGUGAGUUUGAUAGGAUGCAUAUGAACGAUAGUGAGUCGCUCGAUCAAUAUGCUGGUCGACUCACAUCCAUAUCAGUCAGGUACUCAAGCCUUGGAGAAACACUAAAUGAUAUUGCGAUAGUAAAGAAGCUCUUCGACACCGUGCCAGAAAAGUUUAUCAGUGUAGUAGCCGGUAUCGAGCAGUUUUACAACCUCGAAACGUUAACAUUUGAGGAAGCUGUUGGAAGGCUGAAGGUCUUCGAAGAGCGUACGCGCAAGAAAAACACAAACUUUGGAGGAAACGAAGGACAAUGGGACCGUGGUCAAGGAGGUAGAACCCGAGGUAGAGGCCAAGGGAGAGGAGGCCGAGGAGCACCAUCUCGGAAAGACAAAGAAGGUGGUUCAGGUGGUCGAGGAGCUCCUCGAGACAAGAGUCACAUUCGUUGUUUUAAUUGCAACGAGAUGGGAAAUUACUCAACACAAUGUCGAGCAAAGAAGAACGAGGUAUCACACCUUACCCACGCAGACAACGUCGAACCAGCAUUACUUAUGGCAAUCUUGGAGGAGAUUCCUCCAAUCAAUGUUGUCAUGCUGAAUGAAAUGAAGCUGACUCCAUAA